AUGCUGCUCCGCUUGCCGGGCAGCUUGCACUACCCGAUCACCGUGACCUCACUUCUCAAGCAGGAGGGGGACACGGUGGAACGGGAUGAGGCGAUCUUCUGGUACAUCUACCAGACCACGGUCGAGGAGGGCGACGGGCUGGGAAACAAGGUGGAAGUGAAGCGCCAGUUUCCCACCCGGUUUCAGUCCUCUGUGGAUGGGACCGUGGUGCGGUGGAAUGUCGCGAAAGGAGAUGUGAUUGAUGAACCAAUUGAUAUCGUUGAGAUCGAUGAGCCAUGUGCGCAUGAGGUCCAGUACGGAGGCAUGUGUGCGGAGUGUGGAAAGGAUAUGACCGAAGCUUCCUAUAACACGGAGGUGAUGGACUCUUUUCGCGCGCCAAUUCAAAUGACCCAUGACAACACUACACUCACCGUUAGUGCGAAAGAGGCGACUCGCGUGGAAGAGGAUGCAAAGCGUCGUUUGUUAGCGUCUCGCCGUCUUUCACUUGUGGUGGAUCUGGACCAAACGAUCAUCCACGCGACUGUCGACCCGACAGUUGGCGAAUGGAAAGAAGACAAAGACAAUCCGAACUACCAAGCAUUGAGGGAUGUCAGGUCGUUUCAAUUGAUUGACGAGGGUCCCGGAGCACGUGGAUGUUGGUAUUACAUCAAGCUGCGGCCUGGACUGGAGGACUUUUUGGAGAAGGUGGCAGAAUUAUAUGAGCUGCACAUCUACACCAUGGGUACUCGAGCCUAUGCUCAGAACAUUGCCGACAUCAUUGAUCCCACCCGCAAGCUUUUUGGGGACCGCAUUCUCAGUCGUGAUGAAAGUGGAAGCUUGACAGCCAAGAACCUUCAACGACUGUUUCCAGUGGACACGAAGAUGGUGGUCAUCAUCGAUGACCGCGGCGACGUUUGGCGCUGGAGCCCGAAUCUUAUCAAAGUGUCGCCUUAUGACUUCUUCAUUGGAAUUGGCGAUAUCAAUUCCAGCUUCUUGCCUAAGAAGCAAGAUAUCGGCGAGACAAACAAAGCUAUUAAAGGUGCAAAAGAAAAAGACACGAAAGAACAUCAUGUGAAUGGCGCGACUUUGAACGCAGGUGCAGAGACUGAGGUCUCUGCAUUGGAACAACUCGUGACGAUGGGCGGUGGAGAUGACCCGAGACUAUUACAGGAACAAAGCAAUGCCCAAGAAGAAACCAUUAUGCAUCAAGUGGAAGACCGUCCUCUGCUACAGAAGCAGAAAGAGUUGGAUGCUGAGGACGAUGCUGCCUCUGUCGACGGCAGCGAAUCAUCUUCUAGUGCCGAAGACUCUCAAGAGGCUAACAGGCCCCGGCAUCAUCUGCUUGAAGACCACGACUCUGAGCUCUUCCAGUUGCAAGAUCGAUUAGAGCAAGUUCAUUUGCUGUUCUUUGAAGAGUAUGACAAGAGGCGGACCACUGCUUUGGGUGGCCGGGUGGCGGCUCUGAGAGGCGAAAGGACCGCAUCUAGAGACAAGGAUGUUGAUCUCAAAAUGGUUCCUGAUAUUAAGGACAUUUUGCCACUGUACAAACGGCAGGUUCUAGGAGGAGCGGUCGUGGUCUUCUCAGGAGUUCUACCUCUAGGCUCUGACAUCCAGAAUGCCGAAAUCUCUCUGUGGGCCAAGACCUUUGGUGUAGUCAUCGCAUCCAAGAUCAGUAAUCGGGUUACUCAUCUCGUGGCAGGGCGAAACCGCACGGCUAAGGUGCGCGAGGCGACCCGGUGGCCGAAUAUCAGGAUUGUCACGAGCCAGUGGCUCUCGGACUGUCUGGUCAGCUGGAAACACCUGGAUGAAGAGCCCUAUCUGCUCCCUGUACACCCAGAUGACCGUGGUGAGCCUCUCUCCCCCGGCUCGCGCGAGCUCGCUGAGAGUUCGUGGCUCUCCUCCUCGGAUGAAGCCUCGGGAUCUCUGUGGACCGACGACGAAGGUGUGGUGCAAGAAGACGAUUUCAGAUCUGCUGGGCUGAACGAGACAUCUCCCAUUGGGUACGAUGAAGAUGAACAGGCGGCCGUGCACGACGAACUGAGGGAAUUCCUUGGCAGCGACGACGAAAGCGAAAGUGACACCGAUGCCUUGGGCGACGAGUCCGCCGCUGCUGGCAAGAAACGCAAGCGUGGUGAGAACAAUGGUGGUGACAGUGAGGAAGACUCUGCCGAUGACGACGGUGACGACGACAACCAAGGAUCGCGCCUCUCGCAGCGCAUUAAGCGUUCAUACGAACGAAGCACCGGCCUUCGCGAAGUAGCCACCGCCGGCAGCGGCUCCGAGAUGUCCGCCGGCGCCGAGGGCGAGGAAAUGGACGCUGAGACGGAUGCCAACCACAGUCCCAACGACGGAUACCCCGAAGACCCGGACGAUGAUGAUGACGAGCUGGAGCGCGAGAUGCUCGCGGCGUUCGAAGACAGAAACGACGAGGAGGGCGCCGAGGCCGAUGCGGUCGCGGAUAGCGGGUAA